ACUUUGUUCCUUCUUCUUCCCCUCAUUUCUAGGAAUACAUUAUUCGUGUGCAGAGAGGGAUUUCCAUGGAAAACAGUUGGCAGAUUGUGAGAAGAUACAGUGAUUUUGACUUGCUUAAUAAUAGUUUGCAGAUAUCAGCUCUAAGUCUACCUCUGCCUCCUAAAAAGUUGAUUGGAAAUAUGGAGCGUGAAUUCAUAGCUGAAAGACAGAAAGGACUCCAGAGCUAUCUUGAUGUAAUCACUACCAAUCACAUACUGUCUAACUGUGAACUGGUAAAGAAAUUCCUGGACCCAAACAACUAUUCUGUAAACUAUACUGAAAUUGCCUUACAGCAUGUUUCAAUGUUCUUCCGGUCAGAGCCAAAGUGGGAGGUCGUAGAACCACUGAAAGAUAUAGGCUGGAGAAUACGUAAGAAGUAUUUCUUAAUGAAGAUUAAGAAUCAACCAAAGGAGCGACUAAUGCUAAGCUGGGCUGACCUAGGCCCGGAUAAAUUCUUGUCUGACAAAGAGUUGCAAUGUGCUGUGAAACUUCUUUCUGCUUGCUCUCACCCUUACAUUUACAAGGUCACUUUUGCUACAGCCAAUGAAUCCUCUGCGCUGGUAAUCAGACCAUUCAGUGAGAAAGGAACGCUAAAAGAUCUUAUUUAUAAGGCAAAACCAAAAGAGCCAUUCCUGAAAAAGUACUGUAAUCCCAAAAAAAUCCAAGGUCUUGAACUUCAGCAAAUAAAAACAUUUGGGAGACAAAUACUAGAGGUAUUAAAAUUCUUGCAUGAAAAAGGAUUUCCUUAUGGCCAUCUUCACUCUGCCAAUGUGAUGUUGGAUGGUGAUACAUGCAAAUUGCUAGAUCUAGAGAAUUCCUUGCUAGGACUUCCAUCAUUUUAUCGAUCAUAUUUUUCACAGUUUCGGAAAAUUAAUACGCUAGAAGGCAUUGAUGUUCAUUGCUUUGGUCACUUACUGUAUGAAAUGACUUAUGGGAGGCCUCCAGAUUCGAUUCCGGUGGACAGCUUCCCUCCUGCCCCAUCGAUGUCUGUUGUGUCUGUGUUGGAAUCCAUACUGUCAUGUGAAGCCAUGAAGAAUGGCAUGCCAACAGUCUCCCGGCUCUUACAGAUGCCAUUAUUCAGUGACGUUCUACUAACAAAUUCUGAAAAGCCACAGUUCAAGAUUCCCACUAAGUUAAGAGAGGCAUUGAAAAUUGCCAAGGAAUGCAUAGAAAAGAGACUAACUGAAGAACAGAAAUUGAUUCACCAGCACCGAAGACUGACACGGGCUCAGUCUCACCAUGGUUCUGAAGAAGAAAAAAAGAGGCGGAAGAUCUUGGCACGAAAGAAGUCAAAACGCUCAACCUUUGAAAGCGGGGAAGAACAUUCAGCAAAAUACAGCAACUCAAAUAAUUCAGCAGGCUCUGGGGCGAGUUCCCCGUUAACAUCUCCGUCAUCUCCCACUCCGCCCUCGACGGCAGGAGCAGCAUCAAUACCCCCUCCACCUCCACCACUGCCACCACCAGCAGCUCCCCCUCCUAAUACGGAUGUGCCAAUACAGCCUGACCCUCGGCCUGCCAUCAGCGCAAGCCGAGGAGCCUUACUUAGCUCCAUUCAAGGGUUUCAGAAAGGAACUUUGAAGAAAACAGAGACGUGUGACCACAGUGCUCCCAGGAUCAGUUGAAGUUACUGGUUACGCCACGAUUGGAUUCCCUCCCAUGUUCUCCAUGGACAGAUGCCCUUCACAAUUGAUGAUUGAGCCACCAGUGAGGGGUGGUAUUCUGCAGCUGUCUCUUCAGACCCAUUUCAGCUUGUUCUAGGAAUUUCUCUCCUUUAACUAGCAGCACCAUAGUUUGAAUUGCAUUGCCAUGCCCUGGUGACAAGUAUCCACUUCCUUUAUUCCAGGUAAAGGAAUUCUGGUCUUUAGCCAAAUGCAUGUUUCUAGAGGUGCAGCAGGUUGUUGUUUUUUUUUCUACCAACAAAUUAAAGGCUGAAAUUAGGAACAGCUCUGACAAUGGUGAAUCAGUAAUUUUUUUUUUCUCUGAUUCUACUCUUCCCCUUGUUUCAAAUGCUCAAAUCUAAUUUUGGUCUGCUCCGAGUUACUUUCCAGCAUUGUCUUAUAGUUGGCACAUUAAAUGUUUGCUGCACCAAAUCAGCAACUUUGUUUUAGAUCAUUUAAAAAAAGCACUUAAUCCAAAGUGUAGCACACAGGUGAGGGAGAGGGAACUGCGGACUUGAUUCUGUCUCCACGUGUUUGCUGUUGGAGAGUAGCCUGAAUGCUGGUCAGGAUUACACGUGCUUGAACUAACCACCCCAAACCUGCUCUUCCUAGCUAUCUAUUGCACUUGCAGGGGAAAUGGUGUGUUAAUUCAAGAAAUAAUUGGAGAGAGUGAAUUUGGCACUGGAUUAUUAUUCAACACACCCAAGUUUUUCAUCCACAUGAAACUAAUUUUGGUUUUGGGGAAAAUCACAAAACACAAUUUUACAAUUUAAUAUCUUUAUUUGAAAGAUCCUUUAUUCUAAGAUUUGCUUAAAACCUUAAACAAAUUGCACUUUAAAGGAUUAUGAUAAUCCAUUUUUAAAUUCAAGUACAUCAGUGUUUGUUACUAUGCAGAGAAUGUCUGUGUAUAAAGUUUCAUGUAACUUGUGAUAUAUAUUCAGUCUUAUUUUUAUUAAAAUAAAUGUCAAUGGAAUUUCUCCAAUCAGAA